AUGUCUGAUCUCACCGAAUCUACCAACCGCUUUACUGGGAAUGUGCGGCAGACCGAAGCCCCAAACGAAAAAAUGCUGCGAAUCAAGGUGAGUGCACUGAAGCGCACUAUCAAGGAUUUGGAGUUUGCGAAGCGAGAAGUGGAGCAGGAGCUGCAGCGCCUCGACAACCUGCGCCAAAAUGAUCCCGACCGUGUUUCUCAACAGACGCAAGUUGUCGACGAGGCUAAAAUGAUGGUACCUCACUCUGUGAACCGGAUUAUGGCGUUAGUGAAGGACCUCUCCGACUAUCUGGAGAAGGAGGGAUCUACUGUGUCAAGCGAACUAUUGGAUUUGGCUCGUGCUACCAUGGCUGAUGGCCAAGCGGCUGUUUCGUAA